CGCGUCUCGCCGACUGCUUUUAAUAAUUACUUGCUUGAUUUUCGUUUGUUCCUCUCGUUCCCAGGCAGUUUCUGGCGACAACCCAAAUCAACGGCCCUCGCCAACAUGUCGCCCCUGCGCCUCAAAAACCUGAGCCGUCGUGUGUGGAAGGUGCUCCGAGCCAAUUGGCACCUCGGCGUGACUGCGUUCGGCGGUCCACCAGUCCAUUUCCGGAUUUUCAACGAGAAAUUCGUGACAAAGACAAAAUGGAUCGACGAGCAAGUCUUUCAGGAGCUCUUCAGCAUCUCGCAGGCAUUGUCCGGACCUGCCAGUACCAAGAUGCUGUACUGCAUCAACCUGAUACACGGCGGCUUGCUGUCGGCCAUCUUGAGCUUCAUGAUGUGGAGUCUUCCGGGCGCCAUCGGCAUGUAUGCUCUCUCCAUCGGGGUGUCCAACAUUGGCGAAACACUUCCGGCCCCGGUAUACGCCCUCUUUUCGGGUCUCAACGCAGCUACCGUUGGGGUCAUCGCCCUGGCGGCCAUUGAGCUAUCUCAAAAGUCCAUCACAGAUAAACUAACAAGGGUCAUCGUCUUUCUCACGGGCACUGCCGGAAUGCUCUACAGGGCGCUGUGGUAUUUUCCCUUGCUGAUGGCCAUCUCGGGGCUCGUUACUCUCAUCUAUGAUUUUCGUUGGGUUCAUCGGUUUUUGAGGAGGUUGCUCGCCACGGCAACACGUCUCCGGUCCGGACGACAAGCUCAACCCUCCGAAGUGGCUUCGGCAUCACCAAGCGUCAACGCUAUUGCCCAUCGACUUGACGACCCCGCCGCCAGAACCCCACCGCAGAAUCAAUCCAGCACGCCGUCGCCGCUCUCCGACCUUCCUGUCACCGAGACCGAAGCCCAUGCCACUAAUAUCACAACCACGACGUCCGCCCCUUCCACAGCCGAAACGGAGCCGCGCAUCAUCCCGGCCUCCCACACGCUGACGCUGCCCCCGUCGCUGACGUGGAAGACGGGCGCGCUCGUCAUCGCCGGCUUCCUGGUCACCUUCAUCGUCGCCAUCGCCCUGCGGAGCGCGCUCCCCAGCGCGCCCCUGCUCUACCGCCUCUUCGCCAACAUGUACCUGGCGGGCACCAUCAUCUUCGGCGGCGGGCCCGUCGUCAUCCCGCUGCUGCGCGAGUACGUCGUCGCCGAGGGUUGGGUCUCGCCGCGCGACUUCCUCAUCGGCCUCGCCCUGAUCCAGGCCUUCCCGGGCCCCAACUUCAACUUUGCCGUCUUCCUGGGCAGCCUGACCGCGCUGGGCGCCGGCUACAGCUCCGUGGUCGGCGCCGUCAUCGCCUGGAUCGCCAUGUUCGCUCCCGGCCUGGUCCUGGUGCACGGCACCAUGGGCAUCUGGAGCGCGGUCCGGAGCAGGAGGUGGGUCAAGAGCGUGCUGAGGGGCGUGAACGCCGGCGCUGUCGGGUUGAUGUACACGGCAGUGUACCGCAUCUUUGGGGUAGGCUAUCUUGACGAGCAAUUUCAGACCGGCAGGAGCCUGGGUGAUGACCCGUGGUGGCUUGUCAUCACCGCCACGAGCUAUGUUGGAGGUAGGUAUUUCGGCUUGAGCGCCGUCUUCGCAAUCAUGCUGGGUGCGGUGAUGGGCAUGGCCUGGUACGGGGUGGUGGCGGCUUGAUGGUUUCGGAUAUGAGGGCAAUGUUGGCUCGCCGUUCGCCAGGUCUUGAAUACAGGGGUGAGCCAUGUCUCCGGCUCCCAGCCCGAAGCGGUGAGGCGCCACAAAG